AGUGAAAAAUACCACUUAUACAAAUUUUUUGUGAAUAAUGGGUAUGUAUGGGCCAUAGAAAAAUCUGCAAAUAGGAAAGUCCAUGGAUAGCAGGGGUCAAUUGUACAUUGCUAUGAUGGAUUUCAUUAUAGAUUGUUUUGUUUUCUUUCACAGAUUUAACAGCCAUGAGGGUGUAGCCUAGCUGGUUCAGGAUGUAUCAUAUACUCUGAUCUCUUUUAAACUACCACUCAAGGUUCACCAAGAUGAACCGAGUGCAGCCAGAAAAUGUCCACUCCACCAUUUUUACUCCCCGUGAGUAUCAGGUGGAGUUGGUGGAUGCUUCCCUUCGGGGGAAUGUGUUGUGUGUGCUUGCUUCACGUUCCACUAGGACCUUCCUCAUCACAAUGGUUACUAGGGAACUGGCACAUCUUACUCGCAGCACUGAUCAGGGAGGAAAUGAUCACCGGACCUUAAUUGUGGGUUGGUCUGGUCCAGGGUUAGUGCGUGCAGGUGAAGCCAUUCAACAGAACACAAAUCUGGCUGUGACUACUUACACAAGUCUUGACCAAGUUGAGAAUUGGAUACCAUCAAGAUGGAGACAAGCAUUUCGAGAGGCCCAGGUUUUGAUCAUGACUGUAGAUGUUCUGGAAAAGGGGUUGGAAACUGGAGUUUUGCCAUUCAACAGGUUCAACUUGCUAGUUAUCACAGAUGCACAUCGCCUCCCAAGUUCUUCAACACUACAAGAGGUUUUGAAGGAGUGUAAUGGGUGCCGUAUUUUGGGUAUGACAUCACCUGUGCUCGGUCAAGCAUGUUCGCCUCCACAGUUAGAAUCCUUUCUUACACAUCUUCAAGAUGUUUCUUCCUGUCAUGUAGAUACAGCUUCAGAAAUAGUUACAGUGCUGAGGUAUGUGAAUAAGCCAGUUGAAAAAAUAGUUAUGUGCAAGAAUCCACAUCCAGAUGAUCGUACUGAAGUAGAGCUGGAAGUUCGACGCUUGGUUGAAGAUGCCUUAAGUUUCUUGAAUGAUCAUCGGUAUGAUCUGGUGGAAGUUUAUGGGCCAGAGUAUCAAGAAUUUUGUGAGAAUAUCCCAGAUCCAAAUUAUGAACCAAGACAGAUACUUCUUGAUUUUCUUGAUGUGCUCAAUGAUUUAGGCUUAUGGUGUGCUGACCGUGCAGCAUUAUAUGCGUUGGUAGAAGUUGAAAAGUUGAAGAAGAAGACAGCCUAUGAUCGACAUUAUCUCCUGUUGUGUAUGAUUUUCACCGUAAUGGCUAGAAUAAGGGCUGUUGUUGAGGAAGCUUUUGAAAGAUAUUCAGAAUUGGAUCAGAUUUUAAAAUUUUCGUCGCCUAAAGUUCUUAGAUUGGUGGAAAUAUUGCGUCAGAUUCGUCCACUGAACUUUAUUGAUCCACGUAAAAGAAGGGAUAAGAGUGAUGCUGGUGAUAUGAAAUCUGAUUCCUCUGAUCCUCUAAGUAAAGAAUCACAAAAUUCUUGUAAGAUUACUGAAUUAUCAGUGGAUGAAAAAGCAGAAUUGGUUGAAGAUAUAGGAAAGAAAGAUUCAAAUUCUGUUUCCGAUGAUCUAAACUCUGCUUCGGAUGAUGAGGGAAAAUGUGAGGAAUUAAAAGAAUGUGCAAAGUGUUCAUAUCCACAACUGACUAAGAGUGCAGAGGAUCCUGCAUUUGAGAAGGAAAAUUCCAAAAACAUUGAGCUCUCAUCAUAUGAUUAUUUAUGCAUACAUAAUAGAUCUGACAAAUUUAAGCCUUGCAGUGUUUGUAAAGAACUCAGUACAAACCCUGUCAAUGAAGGUUCCUCUAAUCACAUAUGCGAGUCAUUAAGUUCUAAUGAUGUCCUUGAGGAUUUGGAAUGUCUUGUACCUAACCAUGAAAAAAAGUUGGCUGUGUGCUGUUGUAAUACAUCAUCUAAGUCAUUUGAUGUAGAAAAUAUUAGUGAUAUUUGUAAAGAGAAGAAUUAUACAUUGCCAUUGUGUGGCAAGUGUGAAUCAGUACAAAUUUCUUUGGAUACCUGUUGCAACAACUGUGAAGUCAUGAAAAACCAUAAAAAGAAAGAGGAAAGCUCAUGUUUAGAAGACAGUUUAUGUAGGCUUAGUAUUAAGGAACCUAAUUGUUGUAUUGAUGGCUGUGACACUGAAUGUAUAAGGACCUGUGAUUUCCAUAAUGAAUUAUCAAGUGCCAAAGGUAAAGAAAAGAGUUCUAUUGCUAUAGAAAGUAGUAAAUUGUGUAAUGGAUUUGUUGAAAAUGGAGAAAAUGGAUUAAGUGAUCAAGAGGAAAAUGCUGAAAUUGUGCAUGCAGUAAAUGGUUUUCUCAAUGUAGAGCAUGACUGUGAAACAGGCGAAUGUGUUUGUAUACAGACUGAUACAAAUCCUAACUGUAUUGAAUGCUGUGAAUCAGUACAAAAAUCACUUAGUGAAGAAAGUAAUGGUGUUAGGGUUCCACACAAUGAAGUUUGUGCUCAUCAUUCUACCUCGAAGCAAUGUCAUGUCACACCUAGUAAAGAUAGUGAUGCCAUAUCAAGUGAACAAGUCCCAGUUGUAUCUGACGCUUCACAAAAGGAGGGUGAUCAACCUAUUGUCAUCUCCUCUGGAAAGACAGACAAAGCUGCUACAGUAGCUGAUUGCGGGAACAAGUCUGCUGUCCCAACACCAAUAUCUUCUGAAGCAGCAGCAAUGGCUGAUACUUUGGCAUUGCUGCUCCCUUCCACUAACAAAGGCCGUAAACGUCGAGAUGAGGUCAAAGAGAAAGUGAAAGUCCAUAAUCCAGAAGAUCCUGAUUCUGUGUGUGGCCUUAUUUUUGUUCAUCAUCGCAAUAUUGCAAAAAUUAUUUAUCGGCUGUUGAAGGAAUUGAGUGAUAUUGGUGGAGAUUUUGCCUGGAUCUUUCCUCAGUACACUGUUGAGUCAAAGGAAUGUAUCAAGGAUGACCCUAGAGCUGCUGAAGCAGAACAUAAAAAGCAAGAAGAAGUAUUGAGAAGGUUUCGUCAUCAUGAGUGUAAUAUUCUAGUUUCAACUAAAGUACUAGAAGAAGGUAUUGAUGUUCCCCAGUGUAAUUUAGUUUUGAGGUUUGAUCCACCUGCCGACUAUCGUUCAUACGUUCACAGCUGUGGUCGUGCAAGGGGACACGACACCUUUUACUUUCAUCUUGUCACCAAGGAUCAGGAACAAGAUUUCUUAAAGAAAAUGGCCACAUACUCUGCAUUUCAACAGGUGUUGCUUAAUUAUUGUGGCAGUGUUGAGGUUGGAACUGAUAAAGAAGUGUUGCCUGAGGAGGCAAAUGCAGCGCACUUACCAUAUAUUACUCCAGGACAUGCCGAAGUGACAAUGGAUUCUUCAAUUGGGCUCUUGAACAAGUAUUGUGCCAAGUUACCCAGUGAUACAUUUACUCGGUUAACUGCAAUGUGGGAAAUAGAGGAGUCAAAGAAAACUCUUAACUUUGGAGAAGACUUUGUUUAUCGAUGUAAGAUAAUGCUUCCAAUCAACUCUCCUCUGAAAGGCACCAUAGAGGGUCCGUGGCAGAAGAAAGUAUCUCUAGCAAAAAUGUCAGCUGCUCUUAAAUGUUGUCGUUGCCUUCAUGAAAUGGGCGAAUUAGAUGACCAGCUACAGCCAGUAGGAAAAGAAAGUAUGAAUUUGGACGACCACCUUUGUCCACCACCUGUGGAUGAUCAAGUUCCAGAAGGGAUGCCCCGUCCUGGUACAACCAAACGCCGGCAAUAUUAUUACAAGAAGGUAUUUUUUAUUAUCAUCAAUGUUCCUCGCUCUCGAACUUCUUGGUUCCAGAAGUCCUUUAUUCAUCAGACCAUUGGACUGCGGAAAAGUUUCCCAGAGGAUGUUCUGCAAUUAGAUCUUCAUUAGUUCAAGAAAAGAUGCAGUGCAUGACAACCCUAAAACAAAUCUUCUUGUAUUUUAAUAAUUUUCUUAAAUUUUUAUCUAUGUAUUUUAUUUAUUUUCUGUUAAUAACUGAUCUCUUCUUGCUGUGUCUUAUUACCUCCUCUUACUACUUUCAGAUGAACACAAUAUUCUGUUGGCUUGUUCCAAAUGAAUAAAGCUUGUGCUCGUUUUAAUAAUAUAAGAAUAGGCUAUGAUAGAGGACGCUUGGAUGUUUUACAGGCAGAGACUUGAUAUAGCCAUUUUUUCCCCUUAUCCUGCUUUCAGUUGAUUUUGUUUACCAUUAUUUACCUAAGUUAAUCCUCUCAUGAGGACAGGAAACCUGUUAUCUGUAUAGUUAGAUAAGUUAAGUUUUUCAUAAGUUCAGCCUGUUGUUAUAAUCCUCUCAUAAGUUCAGCAAACAUUAUCGGGCAUUUCAUUGCCCGAGACUAGUAGUUUUACCCCCACGAGCUUGGUAUCAUAUAUAUAAGUUUGCAUAUAGUUUGUUCCUACACAAUAUACAAACCCUCAGUCCUUUACAUAAGGAAUUACUUUUAGCAUUCCUUAUGUAAAGGACCGCAGGUUUGUAUAGAUAGGAAAAAUACAAUUUACUUUUAAAAAUUGUGAUUUCGGGGCAGUGGAUGGGUAUUGUACAUAUACAAUCAAGAUUUGAUGCCAUACAGUUUGAAUGAAUUGCGGAAAAACAAUAAAUAUGCUAGGAAUUUUUUCUAGUUUUAUUUCUUAUAUUUUAUGAUAUUGUUUGAGCUGUAAUUUCAGUUUGACAAAAUGAGAAUAGAUAUUAGAAAGAACGCUCAUAACUUUGUAAAGUUAGCAAAUUUUUUAUGACUGUCAAAGGGAAAAGAGGUCCGUAAGGGGUGGGAAAAUAUUCACUUAUUCACUCACAACUUCCCGUGGGAGGUACCUACAUUUUUUUUUUCUUUCUUUCUUGUACCAUGUGAAUAUACAUAUCUUCCUCUUUCCAUUGAUGAGUUUUUUUUUUAAGUUUUUCUGUUCAAUUGGCCAUCGUUAAAUAUAGCCCAGUCCUGAAUGUAUUAGCGUAUAUUAUUGUCAUGAGCAUGAUUUUUAAGUGAUCAGUGGCAAAAGGCAAUGUAUAGUAAAAAUGAAAAAAUGAAAAUGCUUAUAACUGCAUUUUUGUAAAUACAUAAAGAACUUACAUCAAAACUUACUAAUAUGGGAUUGAUCAUGAAGCCUUUGAAUUUUUUGUUAGGUCUAACAAAUUAAUUAGUUGGUUGCCUUGUCUAGUUCCUAACAGCUGUAAUAGUAAUUUUGUAAGAUUUUGUAUAUGUACUUUGAAAGUUUAUAUGAGAUGUUUACAGUAAUAAAAUAUCAAAGGGUUAUUCGCUUUAAUCAAGUCAUAAGUUAUGAUGGAGAAUAACUACCUAUUGAUUCAUCAAGGAGAUUCUUAUUCAAUUUUGAAUGGAUACUAUUUCACUUAAUAAAUGUUACAUUUUAAAGACAGAACUU